AUCAAAUAAUGACUCGGCUUUAACUAAAAGUGGGAAGUAGGAGGAAUUGUGUGUUUUUAAAAAUUAUUUCACUUUGGGAGUACAUUGUAGCUUAUUGGUUGAGUUAGCUAGCAGCUAAAUGAGGAACAAGCUAGCUUGUUAGCACGCUAACAGCGAGUCAAACAUUGUAGCUAACUCGACUUUCGACAUGGAAAUAUACUAAAUCGGUUUGUUAACAAAGUUCACUACUUUUUCUUCAACGUACUUACGUAAUUAAAAUCGUUUUUUCCCCCCCAGAACGUCCUCGGACGUGCGGGCUCCGCCCCCUGCUGGCCAACCAAUGGCGCGCUCCGAAAGCAGUCGGUUUGGAAAAUCAAAAAUCCAGUCAAUCACGUGACGUCUAUGUGACGUAUCAAAGCACAAAUAAAUCCGUUACUUUUGGGUGUCCGUUAAACACUCCCCCCACGAUCUGUCGCCAGACCAGUGGACAGACGAGCCUCGCCGGACGAACACCAACUCAACUAAUUCCAACUACAUUUGCCGCCAUGGAGCCAGACUGGGACUUGAUCCUCGAACUGAUCGACGAGGACUUAGGUCCCAAAAUCUCGCCGGAAAUUGUCUCUCGUCGCCGGUUCGAAGACUGCAUCUACCACGGGGAACAGUAAUACCCCCAAUGGCGCCCGUCAAUCAUCUGGUCCCUCCGCCACAAACAGUGAGACCCUCAAUGGCGCCCGUCAAUCAGCUGCCGCCACCUCCACCGACAGUCAGCUGUGUUCCUGUGGUGAUGCAGCCGGAGGUCAUGGGCCAAAAUCCUGUUGGAGUCAUGUGUAGCAACGGUCAGCUGUUGUUCAAGAUGGAACCUGGAGAGGAACCUGACACCUUCUUCACCAACCCUCCUCCAAACUCUUCAAAGAGAAAGAGGAGGACAGGGAACAACGACGACAGGCCUUACAUCAAGAAGCCUCCAAACGCCUUCAUGCUGUUCAUGAAGGAGCAGCGUCCCACCGUCAAGGCCAAGUUCCUCAACAAGGACAGCGCCACCGUCAACAAAGUCCUCGGCCAGAUGUGGAAAUCUCUGACACCACCGGAGCAGGAGAAGUAUUUCCAGGAAGCCGAGGUCCUCAACCAAAUCCAUGCCAACAUGUACCCGCAAUGGUCCUGCCGAGACAACUACGGCAAAAAGAAGAGGAGGAAGUGGAGAAACUCAUCAGGGUGUGUGUCAGAGGUGGGGGGCCAGUCCAGGAGCACGCGUGUGACCAUGGUCCACACCAUGAUGCUGCAGUCCGUCAGCGACGUGGCCGUCACGGAGGAGGCGGCGGACAUGGACCUGGCCUUCUCCAUGCAGACAACGCCGCAGGCCGCGGUGGUGGCGGCGGCUGCCUCUCCCUUGGAGCAGUGGACACAGACCUACAUCAGCCAGAGCGCCACACAGCUGCUGAGUGUGGGAAGCGCUCCAACAGACUUUUAUAAUUCAUGUGUAAAUAAUAACUAUUGUGGAUAUUGUUGAUUUGUUUGGCUUUUUCCUGCUACAUUCUGUACAGUUACGUGUUAAGUUAAGAUGGUCUUUUUGAUAAACACUCUGUAAAUACUUCUACAUUUUUGUUCUGAGUAUGUAUGCCAUUGUCACCAUAUAAUUAGAAAUAAGCUCUGUCACUUUAAAUAAAUUAAUA